AUGGAACGCAUCGAUGAAUCAAAGGAAACAACACAACCAAACUUUUUUCUACCACACCAUCCGGUUACCAGAGAAGACAGCAGCACUACCAAGGUGCGCGUCGUGUUUGACGCUUCAUGUAAAGGUACAAAUGGAAUUUCUCUCAAUGAUGCCAUAUGUUGCAAAAAUGUAUCGUCAAAUACGGCUGGAUCCAGCAGACACACCACUGCACCGGAUAUUUUGGCGAUUUUCUCCUUCGGAAUCGUGUCUGUGUACGAAUUAAAAACGGUUACAUAUGGUACCACUUCAGCACCAUUUUUAGCCACCCGUGUCCUUCAAAAACUCGCUGAAGAUGAACGCGAAAAUUACCCUGCUGCAGCAAAGGCCACCUGUGAAGAUUUUUAUGUGGACGAUUUAUACUCAGGUGCUGACACAGUUGAAAAUGCAGCAGUACUGCGCCACCAGCUAGAUUCCAUGUUUUCAUCAGCAGGUAUGCAACUUAGAAAGUGGGCGAGCAACAGUCAUGCAGCACUCGAAGGCGUCCCCCAGGCUGACAGGGCACUACAAUCGUUAGUUGAUUUAGACAAGGACCAAUCAAUUAUAACACUUGGCCUGCACUGGGAGCCAAGCACCGAUAAACUGAAAUACGUAAUCCGUAAUGAGCACCUCGAAAUUCGCACAACUAUAACAAAGCGAGCAGUGCUUUCGCGGAUAGCUAAGCUUUUCGAUCCAUUGGGCUUGGUCGGCCCUGUGGUAUUAGAUGCCAAAAUUUUUAUGCAAACAUUGUGGACGCUUAAAGAAAAAAAUGGAAAACCUUGGGAUUGGGACCACGAGCUGCCACAGACAAUGAUAGAGAGUUGGAAUUCGUAUCGCUCUCAGCUUAUUUCAUUGAACGACCUUCGAAUCGAUCGGUUUAUCUCAUGCCCAAGCCCACGUUCGCUGGAGUUACACCUUUUUUCCGAUGCAUCACAGCUGGCUUACGGUUGUUGCUGCUAUCUGCGGUCGGCUAGCGCAUCGGGUAAAACACGGGUUGCCCUGCUGACAUCACGCUCAAAGGUGGCACCACUAAAACAACAAACCAUUCCAAGACUGGAAUUAUGUGGAGCAAGAAUGGCAGCUGAACUAUAUGUCAAGGUUCGAGAUGCGCUUCGGAUCAUCGAUACUACCUACUUUUGGGUGGAUUCAAAAUUUGUGUUGAGCUGGCUAUAA